CCUCCAAACCAGAAAAAUAGAAAAGGAAAAAGAAAACCCUCCUCUAAAAUUCUUUCUUUCUGGCCAAACAAACAAAGUCCGAAACCUAUAAAUAAAUAAAUAAAAAUAUAGAAAAGUAGAGCAGUUUUGGGAGGUUGAACCGGGAAAAUGGAAGCGAAGGUCGGCAAGUUCUUUGAGUCCUUCAGUUCCUUCUUCGGCGGCGGCGAUCAGAUCCCUUGGUGCGAUGGCGACAUCAUCCAGGGUUGUGAGAGAGAGGUUGCAGAGAGUGGUAAAGGUGAUUCAGAGGAACGCAAGAGCGAAAGCAUUAUGAGGUUGUCAUGGGCACUUGUACACUCAAGGCAAGCAGAAGAUGUGCAGCGUGGAAUAGCCAUGCUUGAAGCAUCCUUGGCCAACAAUACCUCUACUUUGCAACAGCGAGAGAAGUUGUAUCUUCUGGCUGUUGGCUAUUUCCGAACCGGUGAAUAUCCAAAGAGUCGGCAGCUUUUGGAGCAAUGCUUAGAGAUUGCCCCUGAUUGGAGGCAGGCUUUGACACUGAAAAAGACAGUCGAGGAUCGUAUUGCCAAAGAUGGUGUUAUUGGAAUAGGUAUUACUGCUACUGCCGUUGGACUAAUAGCUGGAGGAAUUGCUGCAGCAUUGGCACGCAGGAACUGAAUAAAUAAGGAAAUCUGACACAGCUUUUUAAGUUUCACCUGGGAUGCUUAAUGGCAAAGAAUGUUGAUAAAUAAUGGAAAUGAUGAGAUUGUCGAUAGACAGUGUUUUAACUUUAUACCCUGUUACAUUUUUUCUUUUUCUUUUUCUUUUUUCCAAUUUUGAGUGUGAUUAAUUUAUUGUCCAUCAUUCUAUUUUAUGUUUUCAUGCUUAUCACUUCACAACAGCUUGCCAUUACUAGAUGUUUGUAAUUUAUGUAUGGAAAAACUUGUCAAUAAAAGCAAUUUCAACCAA